UACUUGAAUUAAUCCUUCUCCAUUAUAAGUUGCACUCGAAAUCUACGUACAUUAUUAUCGAGUCAUACUUAUACGUAAUUAAGUUCGAGUAUUAUUAUGGAGAGUGUGAUUAGGAGGAGGAAGAAAGGGGUGGUGAAACCAGUAAAGGUUAAUAAAGGAAGAGCGAUAAUGGAAGAAGACGACGACGACGAGCCACUAAGUCCGUCGUCGGCGGCGUUUCAUACGGCGAACUUUAAUGUACAUGUGUUAGCUAUUAUGGGGUCCACCACUCCUGCUAAUGUUGAGCUUAUUAAGGCUAAGUUCCCCAACACCCUUCUUAAGCAUCCUCGUUUCUCAAGUGUUGUGAUAGGAGAUCCAAGUAAAGGAGAAGAGCUGAGAUGGAAGAGAACAGAAGUAGACAUAGACAAACACAUAAUAAUCCCAAAAAUAAACCUUGAAAACUUAGAGUCGUCGUCGUCACCAGACAAGUUUGUCGAAGACUACAUAUACAACCUCAGCAAAACAACCUUAGACAAAUCAAGACCACUUUGGGAACUCCAUAUUCUCCAACUUGAGAUCUCUAAGGAAGUAAAAUCCCUAGGAAUAUUCCGGAUUCAUCACUCACUCGGAGAUGGCACGUCUCUAAUCUCUCUACUUUUAGCCCUAACGCGCAAGACCUCUGAUCCCGAGGCCUUGCCUACAAUUCCUGUCCAAAAAGUAAAUAACAAUAACAAUAACAAUAAUAAUCGUCGAGGAUUAUUUUUUUGGAGAUGGAUAAUAAUGGCCAUAUGGUUUGUUCUACGAUUGUUUUGGAACACUUUGAUCGACACAUCGUUGUUUGUGGCAACCUCCCUGUUUUUGAAGGAUAGUUCUGUUCUUCAGAGUUCUAGUGGAGGUGCAAAUAUAAACACCCGUAGGCGCAUGGUUUACAAGAGUUUUAGCCUUGAUGAUAUGAAAUUGGUGAAGAAUGCUAUUGGUGGAACGAUCAAUGAUGUCGCUCUAGGGAUUACACAAGGUGGUUUAUCUCAAUAUCUUAGCAGAAAAUAUGAUGAUGGAAACAAUCAUGAAGACACCAAAGAAAAAAAGAAAGGACUUGCUAAGAAUAUUCUCCUUAGAUCACUGCUUUUGAUCAACUUACGACCAUCUGGAGGAAUACAGGCAUUAGCUGAUAUGAUGGAGAAAGAUUCAGAGGCAAAAUGGGGAAAUCCAGUAGGAUACGUUCUUCUUCCAUUCAUCAUUGGUUUACGCAAUGAUCCUUUGGAUUACAUCCGAGAAGCCAAGAACACAGUUGAUAGAAAGAAGCACUCGUUAGAGGCCUUCUUCUCGCAUUUCAUGGCUCAAAUUGUUUUGAAGUUAUUUGGUACCAAGGUUGCAAGUUCUAUAUCUGAUAGAUUAUUUUCUCAUGUAACAAUCGCCUUCUCCAAUUUACCUGGACCUUUGGAAGAGAUUAGCUUAUGUGGUCAUCCUGUCUCUUUAAUGGCCGGAUCUUCCUAUGGUCAACCAAAUCCUGUGAUGAUAAAUUUCCAGAGUUAUAGUGACAAGAUGACAUUAACCCUAGCAGUUGAUGAAUACGCAGUUCCUGAUCCUCAUCAAUUGUGUGAUGACAUUGUUCAAACUCUCAAACUAGUCAAGGAAGCUGUGAUUACACAAGCCACCCUUGUCAAUAAAAACUCUUAAUAUCAAAAUAUUUACCCUUUGUACGUACUCGUCUCACGUCGAAGGAUAGAAAGAAUGACAUACAUAUAAUACUGAUAUUAUUUACCGCAUUUGUUAAGGUAAAAAUCGUCGAAAAUCCUGUCAAAACAAAAAAAUCGUCGAAAAUAUUGUUCAAAAUUAGUGGAUCAGUGGUCCUUAAUUCAAGGGACAUAGUUUAAGUCUAUUGAUUAUUUUAUUUUUUUGGUGUACUUAAGUCUAUUGAUUAUGGGUUAGUUGGUUAGUUGGUUUUUACAUUAGGCCACUAACUUAGUCAUGGGGUUAUUCUUAGUUAUUGUUAUGUUUAUUUUUUUGAUAAUGUGUUGUUAACAUUGUUAUGCUUAUAUAAAGCUUAUACGUAGUACUCCGUAUUUGUGAAUUGUGAUAUUGUUAAUUGAACUAAAGCAAUAUAAAUAUCCUAUGUUCUUUGUUGUUUUC